GACUUGAUCCUGUUGCGUUCCACACUCCGGUUCUCCCAUCCUUCGAUUCGAUUAUCGUGGAAGGUUUCCAGCAAGCAGCGUGAAUGGUAUUCCCUGCAACAGCAGUCUGCCUCGUACUUGGCCCUUGUCGUUUUGCGCGGCAUCCCCAAGAGAUUUUCUGUUUUUUAUUUUUACCGUAGUCUGUUGUUUUUUUUGUGCCGUGGUGUUUGCGCCUGAACUGCUUCUGUGUUGCGCUCACGCCCCUACACACGCCCGCGUGUAUAUACGUGGACCCCGCAUGUAUGGCACGUGACUCUCGGUUGUCCGCUACCGUCAGAAAAAGUGGCGUUGGACGAUGGGGGGCGCGGUGGGAGUUUCUGAAUGUCGGGACGUUUUGGAGGGAAAAGGCUUUUUUUGGGUUUUUGUGGAAAGAAGGAAUUGUUUUCCGCUUGCCCCCCCCCAAGGGCCCAGGGGGAUAAGGGCCCCGGGCCGGGGGGGGGGGGGGGGGGGUAGUAGUGGGAUUCUGGAAAUGUUGACUGCGUGCGCGUGUGUGGUCGGUGGUCGAGCAAGAAAGGCAGAAUGAAGGAAAGGAGUGGGCUUCCAUAGUUUAGUGCGGUACUCGGCUCGCUCUUGUAUUUGUUGACUUGGUGUGUGGUGGCAGAACUGACCGAACGUCUGCCCGUGCUCCCCUGCGUUUGUUUUUGAUGUGUGACGUGUCUUCUUUUGUUUCUUUGUAUCCACGGUGCUGUUGUCGCAAGUGGACUGAUGGCCGCCCUCUCGUUUUUACAGCAAGUACUUUCGGCGUAUCGUAGUGUGACUUGUGGGUGUUGUUGUUAAUGUUGUUGCUAGACGGCAUCGUUGCUUGAUUCCGCCCGCGUACCGUAGAGAAGCGGGGAGGGCUUAGUGUAGCCAGGAAUGCGUUUGUCGUUUGCUACGCGAGACAUUUUAAUUAUGAGGCGGGGGAUUAGUCGAAAAAUGUGCCUGCGGCGCACGCAUUAGUUGGGAAGAAAUAGUGGAGGCGACCGUAGUGUGAGAGCGUUUCUUGGGACUAGCGAGAUUGAAAAAUGUCUCGCGUUGUCGUUUGACGACAGCGACGUACGUCGAUUGCGCCAGACUGUCUGUCGAAAUAGUCCAAGACGUUCUGGUGAGUCCUCGCGGAGUAUGAGUGGAGGCUUUAUAGGCGGAUGCGUGUGCACAUGGUUUCGUUCGAGAUAUUGGAGGGUGGAGGUGUAGUAUAUAUAUACUACCCCGAGUAGUGUGCAUAGGUUUCAUCAGAUGUCGUGUUGAAACCCCGCUACCCCUGAAUCCAUCCGACGUUGUUGGCGGCGCGACUUGCGGCGCAGCGUUGAUUGGAGGGCAUCAAUCGGUUGCGAUAUUGUACGUGGGUGGGAGUAACAGCCGCGGCGGUGGAGGUUGGACUGGACGGCGGUGGUAGCUUGGAGGUGGAAAGAUGGGACGUGUUCGCUAGUCAGACCGUUUCUUCGUUCAAGGACAGGAUGAGUCUGUGAAGAGGAGAGGCGGCAGACACAAGCAAGGGGAAGGUGGAACCAAGCCCGUGGAAUACAGUAGGGGGAUUGGGGGAAAAGGACGGCUUUGAUUGGACAACUGUUCCGCUGCGCUUGCAGGUGGUAAGCGCGUGCUGUGAAAAUUGAGAGUCAACUUUGUACAUUAUGUCAUGCUAUGGUAUUGCUCUCUACGGCGAGACGGGCUUUGGUCGUCAGGAGGCACCCAAGCGUGCCACAAACGCUCACUCCCCGACCUACCUGCAAUUAUGUACGGUACGACGAGGGAAGUGGAGGAGGAGGGGGGGGUCAAGUAUACGAGAGAUCGGGAACCGGGAACGUUGUUAGCAAGGCGGCAUAUUAGCUCGUGUCAAGAGUUGAGAGGAAAUUUACGUGAACCAGCGAGACGUGUUUGGGUGCUUGCAUACUUCUAGUUCGGGUUUACGGCAGUCCUUGCAAAGUCGAGAAAAUUUGGGGAGGGGGGGGGUGGCACAGUUUGCGGGGUCUACAUAUGUAUGUCGCUGUACACCACACAUGCGGGGCAUAUCGUGCGCCAUGAAUAAAUAGGUUUGUGAGUUU